UCUUCUCCAAACAUCUCCAGGAGCUUCCAAAGACCAAAGACCUAAACACCAAAGCUGACCUCUGAAACAUGUUCUAAUUCAGAGGCUUUGGACAAAAAUAGAUUUUUACAGUCAGCUGAUUCAACUGUAAUCUCCAGUACUGGCAGAAUGGGAAAUUAUGAUGAGGACACCGCCUUUCUGGGGCAAAAGGGACCAUUUUUUCUCAUCCUUUUCUUUCUCUUGAAUGCCGUCUACAUUUCCACGGGGCUUCACAGCCUCUACAUAGUUUUUGUUGGGGCUUCGCCGUCACAUCACUGUCGGAUAGCAGAUGGAAAUCUGAGUGAAGAAUGGCUGAAAGCCAGUAUUCCCAAUGAGAUGGUCAAUGGAAAACUGCAGCCAAGUCAGUGUUGGAGAUACAGCCUGGAGACGGUCAGAGAUCUGUCUGCUCAGGGAUACUCUCCGCUGGAGGUCUAUCUGACAGACAUUACACUGGAGACGUGUGUGGACGGAUGGAGCUACAGUACAGAGAUAUACCACUCCACCAUCGUCUCUGAGUGGGAUUUGGUGUGUGACAGCGAGUGGAAAGUCCCGUUUGCAAGCUCAACUCUAUACAUGGGCUACUUGCUGGGCUCUCUUGUUUCUGGACAGUUUUCUGACAGGUUCGGCAGGAGGAAGGUUUUCUUCAUGUCACUGGCAGCAGAAGCACUCAUGAUGCUCGCGCAGUCCUUCGCCGAGUCGUGGCUGGUCUUUUGUGUUCUGUAUUUUUUUGUUGGCACAGUCCAAAUAUCCGUGUACAUCACAGCAUUUGUUCUUGGCAGUGAAGUGCUGAGUGAUACCAUGCGUGUGUUCUUCACAUCGGUGGGAGCCUGUCUGCAUUAUUGCUUCGGUUACAUGCUGCUGCCGUUUAUUGCCUAUGCUGUCCGAGACUGGAGGUCACUCCUGAGGGUUCUGUCCGGCCUGACCGUGGUCUUCAUCCCUCUGUGGUGGCUGAUCCCGGAGUCUCCGCGAUGGCUUCUCUCUCAGGGACGCGUGCUGGAGUCUGAGGCCAUCGUGAGAGAAGCAGCGAAGAAGAACAAAGUCUCUGCUCCAGAGGUCAUCUUCAUCCAAUCUGAGGUUACAGAGCCAACAUCCCAGAACAGUAAGUACAGCCUGCUCGAUGUGCUACGGACCAGAGAUAUCCGCAAAACCACGUUCCUGUGUUUACUGCUAUGGAUAGCCAUCAACAUUGGAUAUUUUGGCUUGUCCUUGAACACCCCUAACCUCAGUGGUGAUCCCUUCCUUAACUGCUUCCUGUCUGCGGCCAUUGAGGCACCUGCCUACAUCAUGUCAUUGUUUCUCCUGAAGAGCUGUCCUCGGAGACCCGUCCUGUCCGCUUUCCUCGUCAUCGGAGGAGGAUUUCUGCUUCUGCUGCCGCUGAUUCCUGAAAGUCUGAAUACUGUGGCACUGGCGUUAGAGAUGGUCGGCAAGUUUGGCUUGACCAUGUCCUUCACCGUGGUCUACAUCUACACAGCGGAGCUCUAUCCCACCGUCCUGAGAAACCUGGGCAUGGGCUUGUGCUCCUCAGCCGCUCGCAUCGGCAGCAUCACCGCUCCUUACAUCAUAUUCCUGGGUACUUUCAACAAAUAUCUGCCCUACAUCCUGAUGGGAAGUCUGACCAUUGCUUCCUCAAUAGCAAACAUGUUUCUGCCAGAGACGUUUCGAAAAGUGCUGCCCGAAACUCUGGAACAAAUGCAGAAAAGCAAAGCUUUUAUUGAAAGAGAUAAACGCACCUUGGAGGAAGGGAAAGGAACAGUCAAUGUGAAAGAAGAAAAUGUGUGAAAGGAAAAGUCGACGGCUUCACGGCAGGAAAAAUAAAUACCAAUUCUCCUCUGGACACGAAGACAUUCAGAAGAUCCUACAUGGCCCUCGUCGAUGGCUUCACAGAUUUAAUGGCAACUCUUGAUUAAAUGUGAAUAAAUUAUGUCUACAGGUCAUUUUUACAUUGAUGUUCUUUUUUUUUGUCAUACUGUAAUUGGUAUUAUAACAUGAAUUUCUUUUCUUUUUUUAUUUACCAUUGUAGUUAACAUAAUUCAAAGAUAUGAAUAGCUGUUGUGAGAAUGUUGUAUAUUUAAAGUGCUUGUGCAAAAUGCACAAAUUAAAACUGAUUUUUCAUGCAACUACCUCUGGAUCAAAUUUACAGUCAAACGAUUACGAUCAUGCCUCGGAGAACCACAGCAGAGCCAGAGGAGCACUGCUGUUUAUACAUUUAUCCCUGGGAUGAGAGCAAACACAAACCUUCUUCAUAGACGUGUAAGUACUGAGAAGCGGAUGUGGACCUGGAUAAAGUGAUGGAUCAGAACCGAGUUCCUGCAGAUCUGACAGUGAAAGAGUUGUGCGUCUGAGAAAUCAUAACUUCAGGAGUACUUCUUUAUUUUUAUUGAGUUAACAUCAACAUUACACAGUUUGCAUAAUUAUCAUCUUCAUAUACAAUAAGAAAAGCCAGAAGAAAAAGCAGGAAAGUGAAUGUAUAAGUAUCCAGAUGCAUGAGCACAUCCUCAGUGGCACU